AUGUUCUUACUGAAAUAUAUUUUGACUGUGGUGGGAAACCUGCUCAUUGUGGUAACUUUAAGAGUCAGUAAGAUCCUGGCAUCACCUAUGUACUUUUUUCUUGCUAACUUAUCUUUCAUGGAUGUCAUUUAUUCCUCUUGUAUUUCCCCCAGAUUGAUUUCAGAGGUUUUCUUUGGGAGAAGUACCAUAUCCUUUCAAUCUUGUAUGACCCAGCUCUUUAUAGAUCACCUUUUUGGUGGCUCAGAGGUCAUUCUUCUGCUAGUGAUGGCCUAUGACCGCUAUGUGGCCAUCUGCAAGCCCUUGCAUUAUCUGGUGAUUGUGAGGCAAUGGGUGUGUGUUGUGCUGCUGGUAAUGUCCUGGGUGGGAGGUUUUCUGCAUUCAGUAAUUCAGGUUAGCACUAUUUAUGGGCUCCCAUUCUGUGGCCCCAAUGUCAUUGAUCAUUUUUUCUGUGACAUGUACCCCCUAUUGAAACUGGUCUGUACUGAUACGUAUGUGGCCGGCCUGUUAGUGGUGGCCAAUGAAGGGUUUAUCUGCAGUAUUGUGUUUGUGCUCUUGCUCAUCUCCUAUGGUGUCAUCUUGAACUCUCUAAAGAACUUUAGUUCAGAAGGCAGGCAGAAAGCCCUCCAGACCUGUGGUUCCCACAUCACUGUGGUGGUCUUCUUUUUUGUUCCAUGUAUUUUCAUGUAUGCAAGACCUGCUAAGACCUUACUUAUUGACACAUCAUUGACUGUUUUAUACAGUCAUAACCCCCAUGUUGAAUCCACUGAUCUACACACUGAGAAAUUCUGA